AUGGGAAAAUAUCCAAUACGUGUAUUUCGUUGGACAACGGAUUUCCACGUCCACAAGGAAUCCUCAUUAGCUCCAGUUUGGUUCUCACUUCCGUCUAUACCAGUUCACUUCUUCGACAAACACUCGCUAUUCUCCAUCGUUAGUCCAGUAGGGAAGCCAUUGUUCUUGGAUGCAGCAACGGUGGCUGGAACGCGGCCAAGUGUAGCGAGUUUAUGCAUGGAAGUGGAUUUACUGAAGCCGCUGGGUUCGAGGGUCUGGGUGGCAGUGGAAGGCGCAACGGGUUUCUGGCAAAACAUUGUUCCUGAUGAAUUACCAGCGUACUGCUCUGGGUGUUUGAGACUAGGUCAUUCAGUGACUGAUUGUAAGGGGAAGUUGGUGGAGUAG